CGCAGCCAGCACACCUCCUGGGCGGGGGUGGGAGGAGAGACCGCCCCAGUCUGCCAGGAAGUGCUCAUUAUCCCAGUGGGACAGGGCCACUCCCGGCCACGUCUCCAAGCCAGCCCGGUGCCCCCUCCUCCUGCCUCCACCAUCUGAACUGCCUGGGCUGCAGACAUCUACGGUGGAGCCUCUGGGGCCAGAUGUUAUAGGGGCCAGCUAAAAAUAACCGGGCGGGCCGGCCACCAUCGGGGGUGGGGUAAGGGUGGGGGCACGUGCUGGGCGCUGACACAUGAUCCCAGCGACCCUGCUGAGUGGAGUUAAGAGUCCGGCGGACCGUGCACACUUCGGCUCCCCUCUUAGAGGACCCAGCCAGCCAGAGGGCCCCUUUUCUCCGAACAUGUGGGAGGAAAUGCCUUUUUCCAGCCACAGGAUGGGCAGCGGCAGAAGGAAGGUCAUCUGGGCUCUGUGCUUCCUGCUGCUUCUCCUUGAAGCUGGCUCUGCCAAGAAUCUCUGGAAACGGGCAUUGCACACUAGGCUGGCCGAGAAGUCCCGCGCCGAGGAGGCGGCGGGCCCCCGGCAGCCCCGCGCCGACCGCUGCCCGCCGCCGCCGCGCUCGCUGCCCCCCGGCGCCUGCCAGGCGGCGCGCUGCCAGGCCGACUCCGAGUGCCCGCGGCACCGGCGCUGCUGCUACAACGGCUGCGCCUACGCCUGCCUGGAGGCCGUGCCGCCCCCGCCAGUUUUAGAUUGGCUAGUGCAGCCGAAACCUCGAUGGCUUGGUGGCAAUGGCUGGCUUCUGGAUGGCCCUGAGGAGGUGUUGCAAGCCGAGGCCUGCAGCACCACAGAGGAUGGGGCGGAACCCCUCCUCUGCCCCUCGGGCUACGAGUGUCACAUCCUGAGCCCUGGGGAUGUAGCCGAGGGCAUCCCAAACCGCGGGCAGUGUGUCAAGCAGCGCCGGCAAGCAGAUGGGCGGUUCCUCCAACACAAAUUUUACAAAGAAUACCCAGAGGGUGACUCCAAGAAUGUGGCGGAGCCUGGGAAAGGGCCCCAGAGGCACUUUCAAUAAGUCUGCGGGGGCCGCCAACUGUGAGAACGUUCCUCCAUUUUUCUGCUAAGUCUUGGAAACAGUUGGAUAAAACAUGAUUUGACCCCCGGAGGUCAUGCCCAGCUUGACAGAGCAUGACCCCAAAACUACUUAGAGGCAAGACAGCUGGCUCUCGAUGCCAGCACGAUGCAACCGGCUGGGUGACUUUGCGGGAGCCCCUUGCCAACUCCGGGUCCCUGUCUUACCGUCCUGAAGAUACAGCACACCUGGUAGUCCCACUUGACCUGACGGCCCCACAGACCCCACCUUGGGAAGAGGUCACUGCCUUUGUGAGCUGUGCGAAGCCCCUUUCUCAGAGGGAGUUCAACAUCUUGUUUACUACACAUUUCUUCCAGAUUUGUCUCCGGGAGCCAUGUACCUAUCCCAGAUGUUCUCAGAAUAAAUUGCUCCUUACAAAAUGGAAAUGAACUUAGCUACUCAGGUGGGAUUCAUAGUUUUAACUCCCGCUGAUCUUAAAUUGCAUGUGCUGAAGCCCUUGAGCCCUGGGCAGGUGUGUAGUGUGUGUGUGUGGGG